AUCAAGGCACGAAUAUUUGUUAAGAAAGUGACACCGCUUUAGGCAUAGGUCCUUGAACGUGGACAGGAAGCUACAGUCUAGAACAUUCAAGCUUUUGUGUUUCUUUGAAAAAGCAGCAUCUUCUACACAAAUUUCUCUUGAUUAUCGAAGAGUUUGAAUCAACCUUUUUUCUUCCCACAGCUUCUUUAUAAAAACGACCAAAACCGAUAGAAAAUUACAAAAGUAUAAUAGAAAUGGAGUACAAAGUGAUUACAGAAGAGCACUUCGAGCGAGUGAUUGAGCAUUUGCGCGGAAAUUUCUUUGCCGACGAGCCGCUGAAUCAUGCGGCCGGACUCUGCCAGCAUGGCGGUGGCAACGUUGAGCUGGAGCAUCACAGUCUGGCAACGCUGCAGGAUCAGCUCAGCCUGAUGGCCGUCGAUGGGCGCAAAGACAGCGCCACCUAUGGCCAAAUAGCUGGUGUCAUACUCAACGGCGUUUUGCGUCCGGGCGAUACGGAAGAGGCGCUGGAUAAGCUACAACACAGCAUGGACGACAGUUACAAAAAGAUAUUUGAGCUGCUCUACGGGCACAGCCUGCAGGUGGAUUUAUUUGCGCGCUACAAUGUGGAGCGCAUCUUUGAUGUGCGCAUCCUAUCGGUGGAUGCACGCUUUCGGGGCCAGGGCAUCGCCAAGGAGCUGGUGCGACGUGCCGAGCAGGUGGCACGCAAAUGCGGCUUUCAUCUGCUUAAAGCCGAUGCCACCGGCAUAUUCUCCCAGAAGAUAUUGUGCUCGCAAGGCUUUCAGCCAUUCUCGGAGCAGCUGUAUGCGAAAUAUACAAAUGAUGCGGGCGAGAUUAUAUUGCCCGUGGAGGCGCCACACAUUAAGCUCCAACUACUAACCAAACAGCUCAACUAUGAGAGCAAUAAGGAAAUUCCGUCGAUGCAGAAACAGUAAAGUUCAAAAUACAAUUUUUAUAAACCAUUUUUUUUUUUGAUAUACUAUAUAGAUAUAUAUUUCUAUGUAAACGCGUUCUUGGAAUGUGCAAGGGCAUAAAAUCAAGUAAUCUUAGGCAAAUAUUUAUAUAAUAAUGCAUGCGGAAUUACAAAAUAUUAUAAAAAUACGCUCUAUAGUCUAUAUAUAUUGAGCUUUUAUGUGUGGCUUCUAAAACUAUUAUACCUUAUAAUUUCGGUAUUAAAUCUAGUUUUUAUAUAUA